CAAUGUAUUUGUCAAUGUCAAAUUUAAAUGAAAAAAAAUCACACGAAGUAACCAGCUGGAGUGUAAUUCAAUUUUCUUUUACAAAGUAAAACCUUUAAUUUCUUUAAUUCCAAGAAAUCCUCUUUAGAUUAAAGUAAUUUGAUUACAUUGUAUAGUUUACCUAGAGAAUAUUCAAUUAUGCCGGAGGAUAAGAAAUCAAACCGUAAAAAUGACCCAAAAGAACAGAGACGAUCAAGACGUCGUAACGAUAAGCAAGUCGAAAAAAAAGAAAAUAAACAACCAACAUCAAAAGAUCUACCAGUACCAGUGCAAAAGGAAUCCGAACCUGCUGCAGCACCAGUUCCCGAUAACCCUGCCCAUGAACCUCCAGGGCCUGAGUUUUAUAAAAAUCUGAAGAGGGAGACAGAUGAAAUCCUCAAAAUAACGGAGGAAGCCAACUCAAAGUAUAAGAAAAAGGAGAUACAAAGUAAUUGGGCUAAAUAUGAAAUGCCAAUUGAAAGUUACAAUGAAAUUGAAGAACAGGAGAACAUGGGUGCCGAUUAUGAGGCUCUAAUCCAAGCGCCAUUAUCAGUUGGAGGACAUUUUCAAUUCAAACAUGAAAAGUCAUGGGAUAUUACUACAGGUCCAUCUCUAUAUGAUAAAUAUUUCGAUAUUGAUAUGGACAAUUUAGCCAUAGCUUUGUAUACAAUACCAUUUUACGAAAGGAAUUUUGUAUAUAAAACAUUAUUCAGUGAAACGGACAUUUUAAAUAUGAAUAACAGAGCUACAAAAUUUAAACAAAAGUACUAUAAUGAUAAAAGUUAUACGACACCAGAAAUGGAAGCACAAGAUCGAAUUUUACAGAAAUUAAGAGAAUCAGAUGAAAAAGAUAUGCCCGAAGAGAAAAUUGAAGUGACAAAAGAUAUUGAUUUUACUAAUCUUGAGAACCAAAACCAAACAGACAACCAAGAAAUUACUAAUACUGAAAUAACUUCUAGUCCCAGUUCUGUUAAAUUUGAUCUAACUAAAACACAACCUGAAACUCUUGAUAAGGAAAUUGAAGCUGAAAAGCCAUUUACUGAAAUAGAAGAAAAAGUUAAUAUAAAACAAAAAACUGUAGAUAAAAAUGCAGACGAUAUUGAUGACAUAAUAGCUGUUGUUGAUAACAAAAUAAUAGAAAGUCCAGUAAAAUCUGAACCUCAAACAUCAGUAAAUAAAGCAGCUAUGAAAGUAAUUGAAAAUACCAGUCCAGUAAAGGAAGAGGCUCCAACGAAGAAUCCAGUGAUUGAAUCACCUGAAGACCUUGAAAAAUGGCUUGAUGAUUUCUUAGAUGGCUAAAUUAUAGUCUUCCAAUAGUCUUAUACUUUUUAAUUACAUAUUUAUCCUUCGUAAGUCUACUUUUUGUAUUAUAUUUAUUUGCUUCUUUGUGAG